AGCGAUCAGACAGCAAAAGCAACCGAGGAAUCCGGCAAAGAAUCCUAUGCAAAGAAUAUUCCCUCUGCAAGAUCGUGUUAGUGGAUCGGUCACAGUUCUAAGGUAAUUCUACCCAGGUUCAAAAUGAAGCACGUCAAGCAGCUGUUUUUCGUUGUUCAAGCUUUUUAUGUCGUUGCGCAAGACGCUCUAGCUUCGAAGUACACUGGAAUGGGGAAUUUGAGCCUUCCGUUCUCAUGCGCCCAAGAGAAUUCAUGCAAGAAUCGAACUAGAUGUGGUAAAGAGUUAGAGACGCAAAGAGGUGAAAAUUCGCCACCGAGAUGUUUCUGUGAUUCUCACUGUUCAUCACUGAAUGAUUGCUGUGCUGACCACGAGCCGUCUUGUCAGACGAACAACCAAGCCAGCAGGAUCCCGAAAACACAUCUUACGGCCAACACAUGGCGGUGCUAUCAGUACUCCAAGAUCCCACGUUCUCCAGGAAUAUGGAUGAUAGCCACUUGUCCUGUUAAUUACACAGAUAAUAUGGUAACAAGAGCGAAAUGUGAAGACGCUGCUAAUAAAGCCUUGACGUCCUCAUCGAACGAUUUCUUGAGUAAUGUACCAACUACGCACUGUUAUAAAGGAGGUAGCUGCGUCAUUUUUAGAAACUACUACUGCGCCCGAUGCAAUGGCGUUUUGGCGCCAAUAUUUUGGAAAUUAAUUUGGAGGUGCAAUAUCAGUCCCCCUAAACACUUGAACAACACUGAGAGCCUUAAGUUUUUGUUGAAAUAUUGUCCCGAUUUCCGGCUUGAACCUCAUGAUAGCACUUCGAGGAGGUACUGCUAUGGUGUGGUUUCAAACUGCAGCGCCAAAGUCGAUUCUUUUAUCAAAGAUGACUGCGUCAAAGGACCGGCGCGAUUGGUAUACCACUCCAAAACAGACAAACACUACAAGAAUCCCAGUUGUUUAAUGUGUAACGGACUGAAGCUCGAGGAUGCUAUCUGCGGCCCCAGUGAAUUCUCAUCUCAAGUUUUUCAGCCGAAAUCUUUUGAAAUGGUGCUCCAGUUUGCGAAGCCUCCAUGGGGUAACGAAUUAACUAGUACAACUACCAAUACGACAUCUUGCGGUAAAGAAAUGGUUUACGACAAGUUUCUGGAAGAAUGUCGUCGAGGUGCUCUCCCAGAUCCUGUUCAAUCUAUAGUAGACAAAUUUCGUUUCAAGAUGUGGCUCAGACCUGUGUCAUUGGACACUUUAAUGGAAGAUAAGGAUGUUUUUAAGCGCGCAAUUCUAGAGAGAUUUUCCCUCUCGCCGCGUGGCGUGACGGUUAUCUCGUUGAAGAAAGACGAAAACUCUGUAGCAGCAAUCUUUGACGUACAAGCUAUUUCCACUAACAACUCACUCAAUACAUCUUCGCCACUAUUUGAUCUAAAAAGCCUCCUGCAUUUCAGCGAUCACUUCAAGCUAUCGAUACAAGGAAAAACUUGGGACGUGUUCAAAGUCACGCACAAGAGAUUGGCAUGUUCUAAACCCAGCAUCUAUCCACCAGGGAAUUUUACACGUUUUAACGAUUCUAGUUUUUUAGUGAAUAACGAAACCUUAGUCGCAGUAGAAGACGGGCAGAUCAUUUCGCGGAACUAUUCCUACAAAAAUAUUCAAGCUGGGUCGUUAUUUGUAUGCACGUCCUUUUUCAGCGAGAUUUGUAAUCAGAGCCAAGUACUUCUUGCGCUAGAAGAAGAAGACUACGCAUUAUUGAAUGACACAGUGUAUUUUAAAGCAGCCGGUCAAAGCUACCCUCCCGGGUCGUACGAGAUGCAGGGGACGACAGCUUGGGUGUGUACGGGUUAUAAGAACCAUACCAACUCAAUCUUAAACAAUCUUUUUAAUGCGCAAACAAAGUGGAUGGAUAAUGAAAUCCUUUGGUAUUUUACAGUCUGUGGUUUUAGCAUGUCAAUCGUGAGUUUAGUCUUUCUACUCGGUACGUAUGUGAUCUUCAAAGAGCUUCGCACGUUGCCUGGUAAGAACAUGAUGAGCCUGUCAAUGGCGCUUAUUCUAGGCGAGUUCAUGUGGCUGUUGGGAUCAGGAGACACGGAUAAUCCAGGCCUGUGCAAAGCAUCCGCGGUAUUGCUCCAUUAUUUAUUCCUGGCUUCGUUCGCUUGUAUGACGGUGAUUGCGUACGACACCCGGCGAGCUUUUCCUAAAAACAACGCGCACAUGUCCAACCACUUGUUCCCGUCAAGUCAACUACGCCUAAUUGUGUAUGUACUAUUCUCCUGGGGACUUCCCCUGGUGUUCGUCGUCACCUGCUUCCUCCUCGACCAACAAGGCGCAGUUGCUAUUGGAUACGGCAACACUGUCAUAUGCUGGCUAACGGAAAUGAAGGCUCAGAUAAUAGUCUUUGGAGUUCCAGUUGGAGUUAUGCUGCUUUACAACUUGGUCGCCUUCAUACAGACCGUCCUAUCUAUAAGGGUGGCCAGGAUUGGAUCCAAGACCCUCCAUCGCCAAGGUGGUACUCAUGGCAGCGACUGUAAGAUCUACUUGAGAUUGAUGACCCUUAUGGGAUUCACUUGGUUUUUUGGAUUCGGCGCGCAUGCGCUGCACGAGUCGUUGAUGUACGUCUUUGUUCUUCUGACGUCACUGCAGGGCGUGUACCUUGCCCUCGCCUUCGCCGUCAAACCACAUGUGUUUAAUUUGUACAAAAAUAGGGUGGCUACGUUCAGCAUCAGCAGAAAAACGACCAUCUCUACUAUGGAUCUUACGACUAGUAUGMAAAGCACACCAUCAAGAGGUACUGAGUCGGUGAUGUAAACACAAAGGUUUAUCUACCCAACACCUUUUACCCAGGAAGACUACGACUAGUAUGCAAAGCACACCAUCGAGAGGUACUGAGUCAGUGAUGUAGACACAAAAGUUUAUCUACCCAACACCUUUUACCCAGGAAGACUACGACUAGUAUGCAAAGCACACCAUCGAGAGGUACUGAGUCAGUGAUGUAAACACAAAGGUUUAUCUACCCAACACCUUUUACCCAGGAAGACUACGACUAGUAUGCAAAGCACACCAUCGAGAGGUACUGAGUCAGUGAUGUAGACGCAAAGGUUUAUCUACCAACACCUUUUACCCAGGAAGACUACGACUAGUAUGCAAAGCACACCAUCGAGAGGUACUGAGUCAGUGAUGUAAACACAAAGAUUUAUCUACCCAACACCUUUUACCCAGGAGAUAACGACUAGUAUGCAAAGCACACCAUUGAGAUAACAGCUGUGCAACAGUUAAACAAAGAAGUGGUACUCUUGAGAAUAAACGACAAAUAAGGUUUAUUAACACUGAAAAUAAGCUACUCUCAGGACGGAUAAACAGAGCUUGAGAUUUUCAUCUUAAAUCUCGAGACGACCACGUAAACUAUACCCCUUUUGGAGCCGAGUUGGAAGUAAAAACGACAAGCCUGCCAAGCCACUUGUCAUAUUUUGAACGUCGUUUUUGAAGGUCAUUUUGAUAGUUAAUAUAUAUUCGUGGGGAAAAAACUUACCGUACUUCGAACGGAAAAACACGGACGAGCCACUCAGACAUUUAAGUACCAACACGACACAUGCUGUACUAAUUUGCUGCAAGCUUCCUACGCGUCAGAUUUGAUUUCUAACAUUGGUAUCACUUCAGGAAGGAAGCUUGCAAGAGGAUCAUUGGCUCAAAAAAACGGUUAAAAGAAAAAAAAAAAAACUCGUUACUUUAAGGACCGUUACUAUUCCUUAAUGGAGUAUUUGAGAUAUUCAUUAGCCUAAAAGAUAUACUCGUAGUUAAUCGUACAUAUGGUAGAGACUGAUAAUAUCAUCAAAGAUGACUUUAACUAGUACUUUAGUGAGUUGCUUGAAGGUACGUUAAUUAUUCAGAAAUGAAUAUUACGUAGACAUUUUGAGGUUCAAGAGGGUGUUGCGCAUUUUUGAAAGAUGAGAUCACGUUUGUAUUUGUUACUUCUCCCUUCUCUUUCUCUCUCUGUUUUGUUAUUGUCUUUCUUUUUUUCUUUUUUUUUUUUGUCAUUCUUUCGUUCAUCUCAAACACCCAAAGCAUGUCGAAUGCGCAGCUCGUUUUCCUCCUCGCUUGCGCAGGUAUCCAUCCGUGUAAUCUCACUGUCGUUAGCCAUCAUUACGGUCACACAUUUUUUGACUCGGUUAGCGCAAGACCCUAAUCAAACGCACUGUACUAAAAUGUAUCUGUUCUCUGUUCUGUUCACAAACGGAGACGAAUGGCUACCACAGGAACUCCAGUUGACAUACAUCAAGUAUAAAGACAGAGCGCGCACUUCAAAGUCAUGACUAGUCUAUUUACUUACUAACUAUACGUGACUAAAAUCACAUUAUUAUGAACUUGAAAUUAGCCAACAACACGUCUCUAACACCAAGCAAUUAACGAAAAUGGGAACCAAGAGUAGAAGUGUAGUGGGUUAUAAUGUGAACACCUCCGGGUAUUCCGGUUUUCUCUUCCAACAGUUAUAUCCAACAUAAUAAAUUCCAAUUCGAUCUGCGAGUUAUCUUUGACAGGACUUAGAUCAGCCAUCGCGAUGUUCCUCUCUGCGCGCGCGCCUUAAAUUCUUAACGUAGAUCACAAGAAGAAAAAGAACAUGGUGGCGUGCUUUGUUGGUUAGUACGACAGUGUGUGAAAAAAGAGGCGUAAAGACUUCCUUUGCAAAUCUCCUGGUCGUUUUUUUUUUCACAGCACACAUCAAGCUUAGCACAUUUUAUUUUUUAGAAUAGUAUAAAACAUUACAGUGUCGAAACAAGGAAAGAUUCUUAAUGUCAUGACUAGAGGCACAAUAGAACCGCUAUCAUCUAUCUAUGCUUCAACCUUAAUAUUUUAGGCUUAUGAGUGAAAAGUCUGCAAUGUCACGUCUUUCAUGCGAAGGUCAAAGUCCGCAAGCAUUAAGAUACGUUAUCAUGAGAAUAAGUACACAGAAGCCGACGUUUAGCCUUGAAGGGCCUAAGAUUACAUUAUACAGUGUAAUAUACUCUUAAUUAUGUAGUAUUUAGAGUGUCACAUUAUUGGUAUUAAAUAAGGGCCAUUAUCUUGGUUGAUCUUAAUAAAAAAAUUGUCAUGA